AUGAUAAAAAACGAAAUGGAGAAUGGCGGCGGCGACGCCACCAAUGUGUCACCGACCAAACUCAUGGUCAAUUACAUACCUGAGUUGAUGACACGAGAUAUGAUGUACGCUCUCUUCUCCGCUAUGGGCAAGAUUGAAAGUUGUAAACUUAUAGCUAAUCGCGGCUAUGGCUUCGUCGAGUACGAAAAACACGAGGAUGCUGAGAAGGCGCGGACCGCUUUUAACGGUCUACUCAUGCAGGGCAAGACUCUAAAAGUAUCAUUUGCAUUACUCAACCCAGAGAACAAGGUCAGCCACAAGCCUGACACGGAAUCUAAUCUUUAUAUUAGCAAUCUACCUCCAGACAUGACGUUAGAGCGUCUUAAUACUAUGUUCAGUCAAUUCGGUUCGAUAACGAACAGUCGGGUGUCACAAGGCAUCGGGUUCGUGUGUUUUGACAACCGGCAGCAGGCUGAGGAAGCCAUAAAACAUAUGAACGGACAAUCACCAAUCCCUGGCGCGGGAGCUAUUGUAGUGAAGUUUGCCAACAAGCCGAAUGCCAAUAAAAAUGCGCCGCGGCCUGCCCCUCGGGUAGGAGUAGGAGCUGCACCCAUUGCAUACAACGGCGCGGCUGCAGUGUUCAACGGUACCACACCUACAGCCUUCAACGGCACCAACCUCAGUGCUGCUUUUGGUACAAGGCCUGCUGCAUUCACGCCGGGAUUCCCACAGGCCUCACCCCCUCCACUGCUACCAUCUCCGGGCAAGGCUUUACCUUUCAUCAAUAAAGGUCAGCAAAGGUUCAACCCAAUGGCUGCCACCAACCACACACCGCUGCCGCUGCUCGGCGCGCCUGCCAGUCCAGUGCCGCUCUUGGGAGCGGCACCUGCUCCACACCAGACCACAGUGUAUGUAUACAACAUUGGUGAGGACACUGAGGAGCUGGCUCUAUGGCAACUCUUCGGUCCUUAUGGAGCUAUUGAUUCCAUUAAGGUUAUUAAAGAUCCUGAGACAAAGAAAAACAAAGGUUUUGCAUUUGUCAACAUGCGUGAGUACGAUGAGGCCGCUAUGGCUAUUCAGGCACUCAAUGGAUACACGCUCAAUGGACAGGUUCUCUCAGUUAGCUUUAAGACUCAGAAGAGAAAUAAUUAA